UUCAUCCCACGGACUUCACCGGAGAAACCGACCAUGGCUGCUUUAAUCAAAGAGAUCGUCAGCAGGAAUAAAAGGCGAUACCAGGAGGACGGGUUCGACCUGGACCUGACCUAUAUUUAUCCAAACAUCAUAGCGAUGGGUUUCCCCGCCGAGCGUCUGGAGGGAGUCUACAGGAACAACAUCGACGACGUCGUACGGUUUCUGGACUCGAAGCACAGGAACCACUAUAAGAUCUACAACCUGUGUGCGGAGCGACACUACGACACGGCCAAGUUCAACUGUCGAGUGGCUCAGUAUCCGUUCGAGGACCACAACCCCCCCCAGCUGGAGCUGAUCAAGCCGUUCUGCGAGGACUUGGAUCAGUGGCUGAGCGAGGACGAGCAGCACGUCGCCGCCAUCCACUGCAAGGCGGGAAAAGGCCGCACCGGCGUGAUGAUCUGCGCCUACCUGCUGCACCGAGGCAAGUUUCAGGAAGCUCAGGAGGCCAUGGACUUCUACGGAGAGGUCCGCACCCGGGACAAGAAGGGCGUGACGAUCCCCAGCCAGCGCCGUUACGUCAUCUAUUACAGCUUCCUGCUGAGGAACCAGCUGCUGUACAAACCUGUGGCGCUGCUGUUCCAUAAGAUGCUGUUCGAGACCGUCCCCAUGUUCACCGGAGGAAACUGCAAUCCCCAGUUCGUGGUGUACCAGCUGAAGGUCAAAAUCCACACGUCGAACCCCGCCAACACCCGGCGGGAAGACAAAAUCAUGCUGUUCGAGUUCCCACAGCCACUUCCUGUCUGCGGAGACAUCAAGGUGGAGUUCUUCCACAAGCAGAACAAGAUGAUGAAGAAGGAAAAGAUGUUCCACUUCUGGGUCAACACCUUCUUCAUCCCGGGGCCGGAGGAGAACCACGACAAACUUGAGAACGGCAGCGCGGGCACGCCACGGGAUCCGUCCGACAGGACGCACCAGAGCUCGGGGACGACGACGACGACGACGAUGAUGAUGAUUGGAGGAGAACCCAACGACAGAGACUACCUGGUCCUCAGUCUGACCAAGAACGACCUGGACAAGGCCAACAAGGACAAGGCCAACAGGAACUUCUCACCGAAUUUCAAGGUGAAACUAUAUUUCACCAAGACGGUAGAGGAAGGAGCGAACUGUGACGCGAGCAGCACGCCGGCCUCGGUGACGCCAGACGUCAGCGACAACGAACCUGACCAUUACCGAUACUCGGACACCACGGACUCGGACCCGGAGAACGAGCCGUUCGAAGAGGACCAUCACAAUCAGAUCACGAAAGUCUGACACUCUCACACACAAACAGAUAAAUAUACACACACACAGUAUGUAUGUAUGUAUACACACUCAUGAACCCCCAAUCUGAGACUGGCGAGUUGUUAGCUAACGGGGGAAUAUAACCGACGGACCAGAACUGAUCUGUGGGGCUCAGAUCGGUAUAUAAGCUCCCCCCUCCCAUCUUUUGCUCAGUGCACAGCUGGACAAUCACAUGACAUGGCGGUCGGAGGCGAGGAGGAGGGCGGGGGAUACGUGUGGGGGGCGGGGCGACAGACGGCGAUCGGACAGACAGGAGAUUUAAAAAAAUAAAGGAGUAAAACUUGAAAAAAAUACAAGGAAACGGAGAGUCCCCCUCUUCAGAGACCACCCGGUUGGAUGAAUCCCGUCGUGUCCGCCCAGUUUUAGUCCAUCUCUGACGGCUGCCUCUUCUCUCUGUGUGCCGGCCUCGCGUGGUUCAGCCCAAAGUUACCUUAUUUGUUGCAGAAGUCAUUGCAAACUUCCCGUGGAGGCCAGCAGGGCCGCGGCGUUCCUUCAGCUAAAUUAAAUCUGUGCUUAUUUAAAAUUAGGCAUUUCUUAGGCCAGGAAUCUGUUAAUGUUAGUUUUCUUCUUGACAAGUUCAGCAGGCACUGAAACUGAAGUAGGACAUUUAUGAAAGCAGGAUAAUGAUUUCAAUAAACCAGAAUGUUUUUAACACGUCCGACCAGCAGCCUGCAGAUGUAGGAAAGAAACACUACCGGGGGUCCGUGGGAUGGUUCUGGUUUUAAAAACCCUCCGGAUGAUGAAAGAGCCGGCUGGACUGGACCUUGUUGAGCUGGUCUGGUUUGUGUUCUUUUAUCUAAAAUCUUUUGUUUUGAGGGUUUAACCAGAUUAUUUUUUGUGAUCUUGACAUUGGAAACUCCCCAACCAAAGAAACUCUGAGCCCCCCGAACGAAGCGGCGCACACAGAGAGAAGCGGCGGCCUGCUGUUUGAAUGUGACGGUGCAGAAGAGAAACUUUGAUUAUUCACUCUGUCAAUCAUCUACUGUUGAAAACACGUACAGUUCAAACCUACUGUGAACAAACACGCUAUUACUACUUUUCUGUCUGUCUACAGUUUUGCACAGAAGGAUUCUCUUCCGCCCUUCAAUCAGCUCCUACAGUCACAGAGAAGUUUACUCUGCCGUAUAUCAAACAUUAAGCUAAGCAACAAACGAGCUGCACACAGUAUAAUCAUCCCUUCAGCCCGGUCUGUGCGCCUACGCAGGCUAACGCACCCUGACACAAACUAAAGCUGAAAUCUAUUACUCGGAGCGCUUGGUUUGAUGUGCCUGGGAUGCCAGGCGGGUGGGGUUUGCACUUUAUAAAGGACAGUUCACUGAAUAUUAAUGGCUUAGUAUGUAUUUCCUGUUAAGCUCGGUCCAUCCGUGGAAGCCAGCUGGGCUCACGUUGUGCUGGUUGUGUCGAGUUGAAAGCUCGUCCUCACCUCAGGGGUUCUCAACCUUGGUGUCAGGACCCAGCGUGGGUUUGCGGUAGAUGUGUCUAAGUGAUGUGUGCUUGAUAGAUUCGUAGUUAAGAUAACCGUCUGGUCCAUCUGGAGCUCCCUCCGUGCUCUUGAGGACUCUUGAGUCGCAGGUAUUUUGGGAUCACCGGACAGGAGAAACCCCACCAAGGUGCCCGGGGGCCGGCUGAGCGCGGUCUCCGACGGGCAGCCCGGCGCCCGGCCGAGCAGCUUCCAGCAGGUUUCGCAACCACAGCGGGUCUCGAGAGCCUCUGUGUGUCUUUUGGUUUCUGACACUUCAAAAAGGGUGGUGCUCUCUAUAAUCACUAUUACUCUGUCCAUAGGCUAUUAAUCGUUUCACUCACUACUACGUCUUGGAGACAUUUAAGCACUUAAAGUCGUGCAAACCGUACCUUUAACGCCAGGGACGACAGUUUGAGGAUCAGCAGGUUCGAGACUCUUCCGUCUGGCAGCUGAACGUCAGGGAUGCUCCGAUUAGAUCCUGGGUUUAAUUAGAGGAAACCAGUCCAAAGCUAAUCACCGGUUGGUUCCAGUCCUUUGGGCUCUGAACGGACGUUUGGAUGAUUGUACCUUCAUGCGUACCUUGACCCCUCACGGCUGGCCGGGAACCUGCGCGGUGCCAAUCAAGUUUUAAAAUCGCUGAAUCUAGACGCCACGAGCCAUUUGUUCUGAAUGGCAUCAGAUCGAUUGGCGCGUCUAAAGGAACAUCUGGCACCAGGUCGGCCGUGGGGGGAGGUUUUAGCCCUGAUGUCUGAUUUCCGUCCCUGCGUUUGGUGCUACCACCUACCAUUGGCUCUGUGUCGGUCCUGUAGGCCCCGUCAAGAGCCUGAUCACACAGGACGCGCUCCGGAGGCUAGCAAACACCAAAUCCUCUGCUUUUAUUCUGUCAGUGCCCCCAAGGCCCACUAGCAGACAGAAAGCAUGUUAGAUCUGGGGUUAGGUUAGGAAAGGCUACUGAUGAGAACAUGUCUGGUUACAAUCAGAACAUCCCAUCCAAAAACGGGCUUUGACCUGGUUGGAGAAACAAUUGAACCAAUCAGAGCAGAUUUAUUUCAGGGAUUAAGGACGGUAACGUGCCAGAAAACUGUUCACAAAAGUGCCGAUGAGUAUAGAUUCGACAUCCUGAUUAUCAGAUUGAACAUCUGGAUCACUCAAAACUCCUCAAAGUCAUCGGAGCCGAUAGAAAAGGAGCGCGCCGCGGAUAAAUUGGCGUCCUGUGCGAUCGCGUCUUGAUGUGCAGCUCUCCGGCUUGGUGAAAACCUUGUAGCCAGACGGAGCUUUUGAACAGCCACUGCCGGGGGCCUGCUGUUCGUCCUGUUGGGUUUGAGGUGCUAAGCUAAGCUAGCCAGGGCUGCUGCUGAGCCUGUUACGCGUCUGUGGUGCUCUCUACCAGCCGCGAGUGUUCGUCCAGUCUCGAUCUGCGACGCCGAGCAGCUCUGCCGUCAGCGAGGCGAUCUAUCCACGGGCUCUGUUUGUGUAUUUUACAACGACAACACACUUCCUGUCUGGAGUCCUGUCAGGUGCUCUCAGGUCUGGCCUCACUUCCUGUCACCGACCCGUUCAGACACGACCGGUGUGUAGACCUGUUCUCGGGAGGGGCUUAAAACCUUGCCCAGCAGUUCACCCAGAAAACACCUGGAUCCAGUGUUCCACAGAUCUCCUGCUGGACAAACGGCCGUGCGCUGAGCGGGUUUCGGGGAUGUGAGGCCGGGCAGGUGCUGUCCACGUCUUUGACCGUUUCAGGUGCUUGAUGUAUUUUUCUUUUGACCAUUUUACACGUCGCAGAAAACACGUCCAUCGGGGUGAUUGGUAGAACUCUGCAGAAUCUAAAACUAUAGAGUGAAAGGUUUUAAACAGAAUUCCCAUUGGAUGGUCCGGGUUCCUGCACCGAUGCAGAACGCCGGACAGAAAACAGAAAAGGACAUGUCGGGAACGUGUUGAGUGAAAUCAGCCGAGUCUGAGACAGACACGAGUUUGCGUCUGGAAUCGGGAACCUUGAGCUUGGUUUUGGCGUUUUACGCCCCACUGACACUCUGAAUGACCUUUUCACCUCCAACAAUCACAGUUACGUUAACAGAACACGUUCAGGCUCCUGGUGGUUCCUUCAGCUGGAGAGCUUUUGUUUUGUCGACGACGCUUCAGCUCUGUUUACAUCUCAUCACCAAACCUGCCAAAUGAAGCUCAGACUCUGACCCUUCGUCCUUUUGUUUGCUGGUUAGUUAGGAGCUGACGAGGGGAACGCGAUCUGUGUUCCUUCUUUUCGCCUGAAGGUGCGGUCACGUUGGCCCGCGUUCACGCUCCCGGAGUAACGGGAUGUGGCGUCGGGGUCGUCCGCGUGUUUCUACUGGCUGAACGUGCACGUUCAGAUGUGGUAGGUGACCUUUCACCUGUGAGUCGUCCGGACUUAUUGAAGUGAACGAGAACGCCGUGCGGCCGCACCUUCUACCUGAAGCCAACAACAGCUUCCUGCUCCUCAACAGCUGCUGCAGCUCAGAGUCGUGGGCAUCAGCCGCCUCCGUCGACACCUAUUUAAACUUUUCAGACCCAGUUGCAUCUUUGUUAAACGCCCAACCUGUCCAGGUCGAUUGACCGUAUGCUAAGCCCCGCCCCCUUAGUUCCUGCUGCUAACCCACUGAUCCUUCAGUCCUGAUCAGGAUUCAGAGCGACCCGCGUUCUGCCGGACUCCCUGCAGAAGCUGUUGGAGCAGAACCCGGUCGUUUGGUUCAGGUUCAGGUUUCAGCUCAGCGGUCCAGAGUUUCUGUUCAUCACAAUGAUUGUUAAUUAAAAUAAAAACAGAAAACUCGCCGUACCUACCGGUCUGUACCACCGUGAGAACAUUUCAUGUUAAAAUGCCCCCCCCCCCUUUUAUUCUGUCCCUUCUUGUUUUAUAAUGAAAUAAAAACACUGUAAAGGUGAAUAAACUAUUUAUAAACAUC